AUGCCGGCAAUCCGUUCCUUUUACGCCCUCACGGUGUUGGCAGCUUGCCUGGCGCAAGUAUAUGCCGGCGACUAUUCAGGUGGUGGUGACCAAGGCUCUUGGGGUGGAGGCGGCAACAGCGGUAAUAGCGGUGGCAGCUGGGGGGGCCAGCCUAGCCAGGGCGGAGGUUAUGGCGGAGGCUACGGCGGUGGAGGCAAGGGUGGCUCACCGCCAGCUGCUUAUACUCCUGCGAUGCCUGCACAGACAUGCCCACCACAACAGAGCUGUCCCGCGUGCCCUGCACCAAGCUGUCCGGAGAAGAUGUGUCCGCCAGCUGGAACCAUGACGGAGACGGUGACCGUGACCCUGGCCUCUGCGUGCUCCUCAGCGGUGACCGCCUACGUGACCCAGUGGAUGAACGCACCACCAGGCUGCUUCUGCGGUUCUGGAAGUCCCCCAUCUUGGAUGACAGCAGCGGCUGCCGCUGCCGGAGGGGCCAACCAGCCUCUGGGUAACGCACCAGUCGUCACGACUGCUGUCGGUGCCUUGACUCCAGGUCUCUCAUCCAUCCCGGCCGCCGAGGCCGUGCAGACUGGAGUGACGGUAGCAGGUGGCGCUGCAGCUCCCGCAGCUCCAGCACCAACUCCCGCUGCGGCGGUUUCUCCCGGUGGUUUCUUUGGUUCAGCAAACGCUCCCGCUUCUUCGGCGACAGUCUCUGGUACGGAAACUUCUGGCUCUAGCAGCGUCCCUUCAUCUAACACUUCCGAGGCUAAAGCAGGGGAAGCUACUAAACCAGAAGCGGCGACGACGACGACGACGACGACGACGUCGGCGACCAGCAGCACAACUACCAAAGCAACCGCAGCCGCCGCCGACAAGACUUCUAAAGCAUCAGCGUCGUCGUCAACAACUACUACAACGUCAACAACAACAACUAUAUCCAGAACUGAUGCGACUUUUGACACCGCCAAAGCCAUUUCACCACCUGUUUCUUCAUCAUCUUCGACAACCACGACUGCUUCUGAUUCUUCUUCAAUAACGACAUCUUCGACAGUUUCAGCUGCUGCCCAGCAAAAUGGUGCCGGGUCUUUCAGCACAAUCGACACGGCAAGCUUGACCCUCAAAAACGCCCUUACACUGGGCAUCGGGAGACGAGAGCCCGCGCCGACGGCAUCAUGA